AUGGAAGUAGAAGAUUACAGUAAACUAACCAGGGAUCAACUACGAGCUGUUCUAGGCUCUAAGAAAACAAUGAACAAGGCGAACAUUAGAGCUAUGAAAAAAGAAGAUAUCUUAAAAGAACUCGAGAGAUUAUCUGACCAACAAAAUCAAGAAAACCAAGAUGCUAUCAAUAGGGAAUCGAAUUAUCAAUUGAGAAAGUUGUUUCCUUUUGAUAAAACUGUUUUUAGUGAAUACAAAGAAGUUGGCGAUGUUUUGAGGGAUACUAUCCACACAGGAAACUCUAAUAAUAUUCAAUCGUUCCUAAAUAAAAAGGAAAGUGACGUCUUUAAAGACAUUUAUAAGGAUAGUAGUGUAAAAAUAUAUUUCUCUUUAUCAUGUGAAAUGAAAAAAGAAGGAACAGAGGAAGCUCGUUUAGAUCAUUUGACUACGACUAGUAAGGCAUUACAUAAAGGAGAGAACAGGAAAUCGUUUUACGAAACAGUGAAAUUAGAUUUGAUAAAUAGACUUCAACAACAUCAAGGUAGAGGAUCUGGAUUCAGACUAAAUAGAAUCAUAGGGUUAAGAAUGUAUCAGACAAGAAUCAGAUCAUUAUCAGGAUCAAAGUAUAUAGAACUACCUGAUUGGAUCAAAAAUAAAAAAGCAGUAAUCAAUAUAAAAAAUAAAGAUGAUAAGUGUUUCAUGUGGUGUAUCUUAGCACACUUGUUUCCAGUAGAACGGGACCCUAACAGAGUUAGUAAAUAUAACGAUUAUGUUUCUAAGGUCAACUUUGAUGGGUUUGAUUUUCCUUUCCAGGUUAAAGAUGUGGAUAAAUUCGAGAAAAGAAAUAACUUGGCUAUCAAUAUUCUGGUUCAUAAUGUUGAAGACGAUGAAAAAAUAAAUUCAUACAAAGUUUCUAAGAAGGUUAAUGUAGACGUAGAUAGAGUAGUUAAUCUUUUGUUAGUCACCGACAAUUCUGGAGAAGGACACUAUUGUUUAAUUAAGAAUAUAGAUAGAUUAAUGAAUAACAAAAAUGGCACAAGAAAUAAAUUUUGCAUCAGAUGUCAUAAUAACUUUUACAGUGAAGAAAAAUACGAAAACCAUUUGAGCGACUGUAUGAAUAAUUCUCCACUCCAAAUGAUCAAACCUUCGAAAGAUUAUAUUGAGUUCGAUGGAAUUCAGAAAACUCAAAAACAGAGAUAUGUUUGUUAUGCUGAUUUUGAAUCUGUUAUUUAUAAAAUUGAUAAUGUGAGCCGUUCACCCAGCGAGUCAUGGAACGAAAAUUUUGGCAAACAUGUGGCUUCUGCCUUCUGUGUAGUCGUUGUCGAUUCCUUCACUAAUACUAUCUAUGACAUGAAAAGCUAUAUUGGCUACGACACAAUUUUAAAGUUUAAUGAAUAUAUUCUAGAAGUAUGUGAAAAACUCUUAAGCAUCGCUGACAGGAGAAUGCAAAAAUUGACCUUUGAAGAAGUUGAGUCUUUCCAUAGUUGUGAAUCAUGCCCCGCCUGUGGAAAUAAGUUUUGCGGGGAUAAAGUUAGAGAUCACGAUCAUUGGACUGGAUUAUACAGAGGACCUCUUUGCAAUGCAUGUAACUUGUUGAAACGUAGAAAUAAUUUUAUACCAGUAUUCUUCCAUAAUCUAAAAGGAUACGAUUCUCAUCUGAUUAUCAGUGAUGACAAGUCGAGUGAAUUAUUAAAGGAACGAGGUGUAGAAAUUAAAAGCAUCUCGGCUAACAUUGAAAAGUUUAUAAGUUUUAGCUAUCAUUUUCAUGAUAAAGAUCGUAAAAAAUAUGAAAUAAGAUUCCUAGAUAGUUUGGGAUUCAUGCCUUCCAGUUUGGACUAUCUCAGUGGUAAUUUAGAGGAUGAUGAAUGCAUUAUCACAAAAAAGUAUUACAAUAACGAACAUUUGUUCCAUCUAAUGAGGCGAAAAGGUGUCUACCCAUAUGAUUUUAUGGAUUCCUUUAAAAAAUAUUCCAACACGGAACUUCCUCCGAUUGAAGACUUCUAUAACAGUUUAUCCGGAGAAACAAUCAGCAAUGAGAGUUACGAAUACGCUCAGCAAGUGUGGAAGGAUAUGAGUUGUCAAACUUUAGAAGACUACACUAGAACUUAUAUGAUUAACGAUGUGUUACUAUUAGCAGAUGUUUUUGAAACUUUUAGAAAUGUGUCUCUCAAAGAAUAUAAGCUAGAUCCGUGUUGGUACUAUACAUCUCCAGGAUUAGCUUGGGAUGCAAUGCUAUACAAGACUGGUGUUAAGUUACAGACUAUCAAGGAUGUUGAAAUGUAUAACUUAAUUGAGAAAGGUAUUCGAGGGGGAAUGUGCAAUGCUAUGCUCAGAUAUUCUAAGGCAAAUAACAAAUACAUGCCAAAUUAUAAUCCCGAAGAGGAAUCAAAAUACUUACUCUAUUUAGAUGCAAAUAACUUAUAUGGAUGGGCGAUGAGUCAAAAAUUGCCUUAUGAUGAAUUUGAAUUUAUAAAUGCUGCAGAUUUCUGUAUGGAAAUGAUAGAAAAUCUUAAUUCUCAAGGAAAGGGAUGUAUACUUGAAGUUGAUUUAGAUUAUCCCGAUAGUCUACAUGACAAACACAACGAUUUACCAUUUUGUUCAGAGAAUAAACGAGUUGGAACUACCAAUAAAUUAAUCAAUGAUUUUAGUCCAAAGAGAAAUUAUGUGAUUCAUUAUAAAAACCUUUUGCAAGCUAUUCAGCAGGGUUUGGUGUUAAAGAAAAUUCAUCGUGUAGUUACUUUCAAAGAAAGCAAUUGGCUUGCCUCUUAUAUAGAACUAAAUACCAACUUGAGAAAGAAAGCAAAGAACGAAUUUGAGAAAGACUUUUUCAAGCUAAUGAACAAUUCUGUAUUUGGUAAAACUAUGGAGAACGUUAGACAUAGAGUGGAUGUUAAAGUAGUGACAGAUAUGGAUAAAGUUAUGAAACUGGCUGGUAGCAAUAAUUUCAAACAGAGACAUAUUGUGAACAACAAUUUGAUUUUAGUGGAAAUGACUCAGAAAAGUAUUAAAUUAGACAAGCCUAUUUAUGUUGGGAUGUCUAUUCUUGAUUUAAGUAAGUAUCUCAUGUACGAGUUUCACUACGAUGUUAUGCUUCCAAAAUAUUCUUCGAAUUUGAGAUUGUGUUAUCAAGAUACUGAUUCUUAUAUCUAUGAAAUUAAAACUGAUGAUGUUUAUGAAGAUAUGCAGUCUAUGAAAGAGCAUUUUGAUUUCUCGGAUUAUCCUACAGACAAUAAGCUGUAUAGUAUUGAGAACAAAAAAGUAAUUGGUAAGUUCAAAGAUGAGUUGAAUGGCAAAAUAAUGACUGAGAUCGUUGCCUUCAGACCUAAGCAAUAUGCUUUCAAAAUUGAUGAUGGAUCAGAACAAAAGAAGAAUAAAGGAAUAAAAAAGUCUGUAGUCAAAAAGGAAAUGACUUUCAAUGAUUAUAAAAAUUGUUUAGAAAAUAGAACGAUUGAAAGAAAACAGCAAACGCUUAUUUCCUCCAGCAAACAUGAAAUUAGUAGUGUAAGACAAAAUAAAGUUGUCUUAAAUAAUAUAAUUGGUAAGGAUAAGGAGACUAAAAGAUAUUUUGUAGAUAACAUAAACUCCCUAGCUUUUGGACACUAUCGAAUCAAAAAUUAG